AGAAUUGCGAGUCGUGUUGUACUGCCCAAAUAUUAAAAACACCAUUCAGUUUUGGUCAUUUUUAACGGUGCUGUCAAAGAGACCAGCAUGGCCACGGCACAGUCAACACUGAUGGUCGCAGUGUGCAUUUUGAUGAUAACAGAGCUCAUACUGGCCAAAAAGGACUACUAUGACAUCCUCGGUGUGCCAAAAGAUGCUUCCGAACGUCAGAUCAAGAAGGCUUUUCACAAGCUUGCCAUGAAAUAUCACCCUGACAAGAACAAGAGCCCCGAUGCGGAAACCAGAUUUCGAGAGAUUGCAGAAGCAUACGAAACGCUAUCGGAUGACAAAAGACGGCGGGAGUACGACCAAUCAGGAUACAACGCAUUCAGCAAUGAAGACAUGAACAAAGGAGGAGGGCAGCGUUUUCGUCAUUCUUUUGAUUUUAACUUUGACGACAUGUUCAGAGACUUUGACAUCUAUAGCCAAAACAGGAAUGCCCGUCCAAAACGGCACUUUGACGAGCACUUCAGGGCCCACCAGCAAGCGCACAACCGCCAUAAGAGACACUUCCAAGGUAAUUUUGAUACCGGAGUCUUUGAGGACAUGUUUGAAGACAUGGAGAAGAUGUUUACAUUCGACCGACACAUAAAAAGGACAGAGAGCAGGUUUCAGGGCACAGCCAAACAGCACUGCAGAACUGUGACCCAGCGAAGAGGAAACAUGGUCACCACGUACACUGAUUGUACCUCAUCCUCCUGAACAUCAGACUGGACCAUCACACUUUUUAUUUUAUGCCUGAUUUAAAUGGAGUUCUUGAUUUGCUGCUGUGAUAAGUGGGGUUUGAUUUUACACUUGACUGAUCUGUUAUUUAUGAUGAUGAUGAGGUUUCAUUGGUUUGAUUAAGACUUCUAUUUAACGCUAUGUCAGAUAGUAGCCUCUUAAAGGAAUAGUACACCCCAAAACGAACAUUUUCUGAAAAUGUACUCGCCCAUCGAAGAUGCUGAUGUGUUUGGUUCUUCAUCGAAACAAAAUUGGAGAAAAUUAGCAUUACAUCACUUGCUCACCAAUGGAUCCUCUGCAGCGAAUGGGUGCCGUCAGAAUGAGAGUCCAAAAAGCAGAUAAAGACAUCACAAUAAUCCACACUACUCCAACUUCAAUUAAUGUCUUGUAAAGUGAAGUAUAUUGGACUGUUUUCUCUUGUAAACUGUGCUUGAUCUGUGCAUAUUUCUCUUCUAAUGGAGACCAGAUUACUUUUUCAUAGGAAAAGUUAGUUUUAUGAACGGAGGACUCGUAUUUUAGCUGGAACUAACAGUUUGAAGUUAAAACGUCUUUUUGAUGGAUUUGUUUUUCACAGAAAAUACAGCAUUUCAAUUCACAAGACAUUAACUGUUGAAUUGGAGUUGUGUUGUGGGCUAUUUAUCAGCUUUUCAACCUUCUUUCAAGCGGUAGUCAUUCAUUGCAAAAAUAUGUAUCUUCAGCAUAUUUUCAUUUAUGUGAGUGAACCAUUCCUUUAAUAGCUUAAGAGUGUAUUUUUGGGGCGUUUGUUGGGUUGGUUGUCGUCUUAGCAGCACUAAAUUAAAAAAAUAAAUGUUCUUAAAUUACAAAUAACAAAGUAUAUUCGAUGACCCUCUACUAUUAGUGUGCAUUUGUUUAAAUUGCACUUUAUUGAUCAUGAAACAAGUUCUAUGCACAAAAAGAUGCAUAGUUAGCUACUGAAAUCCCCUACUGUACUGAAAGAACAAAUACACUUAAUUCCUGAAUCACAAUUUGCCGAAAGCAUCAGACGGAUAAUUUAGCUCUUCCAUUAUUUUGUCAAUCCAAGGUUGCAUGUUUUGUGUUGUGCGUAUGAAUCUUUGGGAUUCACAUCUUCAUGAACUGGUCUAUUAUUUGUAUGUGAUGCUAAACAAAUGUUUGCUGCAUUGCUGUGAAUAAUAUAGUUCAUUAUAUACAAGUAGUUUCUUUCAAACUCUGUUAGAUAGAGAGGUGCCUUUCCCACUCGUUGUGGUAGACUGAGUUUAAUGUAAUCAGAUUGGAGCACUUUCAUGACCUCGUCUGUAUUAUAGUUUGCAUGGCUGAGAGAAACUAGGUCUCAGUUUUUGUCAUGGACGUUGGUCACCCGGUUGGGUUUGUAAACAGCUUUUGUUUUAGGAACGUACAACAAGUCUGACAUUGUUCUCUGAGCCAAAGUGUAUUUUGGCUGAACAUUUUGUAUGUUUGUAAAAAAAACGCUGUUACAUGAGUUGUUUUUUAUAUGGCAGUGUUACCCCUAAAAUAAGGCGAGGGGAAUGUACCAACUUAGCAUUUGCCUGAGAAUGUUUUUUUUUUUUUUUUUUUUUUUUUUUUUUUUUGUAAAUACAAUGUAUAACCCAGCUGUGUUCUUGUAUGACUUCACCUGUGACCUGUUUUGUUGAAUAAUCCUGUGUGCAAUAUUUAAAGGCAGCUCUCGUGUCGUUUUCACUGUUACCCGCUGACAUAGUUGUUAUGAAAUGAGUCUCGGUAGACUCAUCUGGCACUUUCUUCAUUGUAAUCCUAUGGAUGAAAAAUAAAUCUGAAAUAGGCUGUUUAAACCCAGAUGUACGUAUACUUGGGUUAACAAUAAAUAGUGUUGAAAACUA